GAGGCCGCGUCCCCCCUCUGUCAUAGAGGGACAUGGCCGCGGGGUUCGGGGCUCCACGGAGGGGUUCGGAGGCGGCGGCCUCUGCCUCAGAACCCUUGAUCUUGAAGAUGGUGAGUAGCCAGCCUAAGUACGAUCUAAUACGGGAGGUUGGUCGUGGCAGUUAUGGUGUGGUGUACGAAGCAGUCGUCAGGAAGACCUCUGCCCGGGUCGCUGUGAAAAAGAUUCGGUGCCAUGCUCCAGAGAACGUGGAACUAGCUCUGCGUGAGUUCUGGGCACUUAGCAGUAUCAAGAGCCAGCAUCCCAACGUCAUUCAUCUGGAGGAGUGCAUCUUGCAGAAAGAUGGCAUGGUGCAGAAGAUGUCCCAUGGCUCCAGUUCCUCCCUUUACUUACAGCUUGUAGAGACCUCGUUAAAAGGAGAAAUAGUCUUUGACCCCAGAAGUGCUUAUUACCUAUGGUUUGUAAUGGAUUUCUGUGAUGGAGGAGAUAUGAAUGAGUAUCUGUUGUCCCGAAAGCCUAACCGCAAGACCAACACCAGUUUCAUGCUUCAGCUCAGCAGUGCCCUGGCUUUCCUGCACAAAAACCAAAUUAUUCAUCGUGAUCUCAAACCUGACAAUAUUCUGAUAUCCCAGAGCAGGAUGGAUGCUAGUGACUUGGAGCCCACGCUGAAAGUAGCUGAUUUUGGGCUGAGUAAGGUAUGUUCCGCUUCAGGACAGAACCCCGAGGAACCAGUCAAUGUAAAUAAGUGUUUUCUAUCAACUGCAUGUGGGACUGACUUCUAUAUGGCCCCCGAAGUCUGGGAAGGACACUACACUGCCAAAGCAGACAUUUUUGCCCUGGGGAUCAUAAUCUGGGCGAUGCUAGAAAGAAUCACAUUCAUAGACACAGAAACAAAGAAAGAACUUCUGGGGAGUUACGUCAAGCAGGGGACAGCGAUCGUGCCUGUUGGGGAGGCGCUUCUAGAAAACCCUAAAAUGGAGCUACUCAUCCCUGUAAAGAAAAAAUCCAUGAAUGCUCGCAUGAAACAGCUGAUUAAGGAAAUGCUGGCUGCCAACCCACAGGACCGUCCCGAUGCUUUUGAACUCGAGCUGCGAUUAGUCAACAUAGCUUUUAAAGACUAUGGCAGCUGGGAGACGUGACCCGCCGAGCAGUCUGUCUCUUGGUAGAGCUGCUGCUGGCCUAACUGAUGGUGCAACUUCGUGGCAGUAAAAGAAACGAGCCUGAUCUCAAACCUGCGGGUUUAGUUCCUUCCGACAGAAUUCUGGGUUUCAUAAACUAUCAGAAUGUGAGUUGGCCAUUGUGUUAGCACUGCGUCUGUGUGUGUUACCAGGAUGUCAUGUGCAAGUGUAAGAUGUGACGGUGUUCAUUUGUGUACGUUGGCAGUGGGAUGUCUUAAGAGCUGAGACUUGGUUUCCAGCAAUAUCUCAGAGUAUUUCCUACAUUCCAGUUUCCUAUAUCAGUAUUAGGAACUCCUCAUGGAAAAAGAGGUUUGCAUGCUGGCAGUGCAAAUCUUCAGGCUUUGUAAAGUAAUUCUGUGUAUAUAUUUAUGUCUACGGGUGACUGGGAGCGUGUGCCUGUGUGUUGCAUUCCAUGGAGAAAUGACACUUCUCUUAAAUUAUUUGCUGUGGGUCUGAAUGAUUGGGGUCUGCUAGAACACCGGGUGAGGAAGACAGGUGAGAAGCAUUCCUUCUUCUCCAGUCCUGGAUAACUUUAUUAUUUAUUUUUGUUAUCUAAUGUUAAAGAUAGGGUCUGAGACUUGACUUUGUAGACAAAAAAAAUACAAUGCAAGGGUAUCAGCAGCUUUAAAAGUGCUGAGGUGGUCGAGUUUAGCACUUCCAGCCUAAUGAGCUCAUCACUGUGGGAGUCAAAUUACAAGUGCAUGCAAUCAGGUGCUAGCAUGGUGGCUGGUUCAUUAACCAUUCAAUUCUGCUUCCCCCUACUAAUCAAAUACUUUAUUAAUCCAUUAAUCUACAGCUUCACAACAUGCUCCCUCCUUUAAACUAGAAUCCAGUAGCAAACUGAGUAGUUACAGUAGAGCUUCCAUGUGAAAAGGCAACUCCGCGGUGAGGGAAUCCAGCAGCAUAAAGCAUUGUUCUGAAGAUUCUCCAAAAUAAUGGUUACGGCACAGUUUUUUUGUGAAGCGGAUCUGUUACUGGUCAUGGUCUCCCUUUCCGGUGCUGCCUGUAACCUGGUAGUGACGAGAUGAAGGGAUGGCUGUCCUCUUGGACACACCUCAAAUAUGGGAGAAAACUCUUAGUGAUCAGUGAAAGGCAUCUCAGACUUGUGCAGCAACCUUGGCCAAUCUUUGGAUUUAUUUUCCUCCUUUUGAUAAGUAAUAUUUAAAACCGCUGCCAGUAGGAAAGAAAGCUUUGGAGCAGCUGGAAGGCUGCUUAUCCCCCUCUCUUACUGCACAGGAGCACGUUCACGUGCUAAGAGAUGUUUCGUUUAUGCUACGUGACACUGCAGGCCGGACAGAAGCUGCUUUGUGCUGGUAUGAUACUUUUUUCUUUUGGCUGCAGGAGCGUGACCUUUCCCAUCAAUUUGACCUUUUGAAAAUGUAGUUCUUAAAAAAAAAAAAGGCAGUUUUUAUUAAAGCUGUAACAAAGGCUGUUUUUUCUUAAUAAAAUCAAUUCAAUGCUUUGGUUUUCUUAAGUCUUACCUGGAAACUGCCAUGAAACCUGAAACCCUGCCCAGAGUGAGUAAGCAGCGAAACCAACAAAUUUAUUGGAAAAGCAAAGGUUUCCGAUUCUACCAGACUUCUGAGGCUUGACAGACUACAGCAGGAAGUUCUUAGCUGCAGGUCUUGCCUGCUGAGUGUAGUCCUGGUGGCAGCAGUUACCUGAGGGUCCGUAGCGGUUAAUUCUUAGUUUGCGUCACUUGGUCUAAGGCAGAUUGCCUAAACAGUGAUGCUCAGACAAACAUAUUUUACUGUCUCAAAGCAUAACAAUAUUUAGUGUCUAGAUGAGCUUUCCGAAGUGACUUCGGGAGGAUGGCGCUGCGUCACACCGAGGUGUUUGGAUCCAGCAGUGUCUGAUCCCUCGUGCCUGAGCUGGCAGGGAUGGAGGCGAGUGCAUCGUGCUGAAGGUACGGCCUCUUGCCUGCACAGAUGUCCCAGCACUGCACCGUCCCUGCAGGGAGCUUUGUCUGUAAAGGAAGCCUGGGAGCCUCUCUGAGUAAUGGGUGACAAGGAGAGCUCUUGUGUUCUAGAAGUGGAGGUCUGCUCGUUCUCACAUCUGAACUGGGUUCCGUACAACUGAAAACUCAGCUUGUUAGGAGGAAAGCAAACCUCUUGCUCUCUGUGCUAACACCUCUACAGCGCUUACAUCCCAGCGUGGUCAUUCAGGGAGGCUGCGUAAAGCUGAGGGUAGAUAACCUUUCAGGUCAAACUUCUGAAAAUGCAUUAACUUCCUCCUCUCCUGCCCACCCGAAAGACAGAAUCAGCUCUGUUAAUUCAACUCUGUUAAUCUGAGGGUAUUAAUCUACUCCAGAAUAAUAGUACUUACCGGUAAGGCUCUUUGCAAAUCAUUUGAUUCUCCUCUGAAGUACUUCAAAGGAUGAGCACUGAAUGUGCUGCCUGCCUGCGGUGCAGAAAUGAGUGCUAAUGAAUGCACAAAAAAUUUGUUUUUUGACUCCCAAAGGAUGCGUUUGCACUGAUUGCCACUUUAAAGGGUGGGGGUACCUGAAAUCCCUCUCAUGGUGCUUAGCCUUGCUGUUGGGUGACACUGAGCAUUUCCUUGGCUCCUUGAAUGAUAGUCCUUGAGGUUUGUGUUCUGUUUGAUUUUUGUUGUCUGAGGUCUUUGUUUUCAAACCUUCGGUAAAGCAAACUGUUGUAGCAGCUACAGAACUAUUCACCAGCGUGACAAAGUCAAGAUACUCUUCGGCACUCAGAAAAGGUUUUUUCAAAUCUUUCUUUAAAAAUUGUAAAAUAUAUUUUGUGCAGAAUUUAUAAUGGGGGAGAUUAUUGUGUAAUUUAUUAAGUUCAUGACUUUUUUUUUGAAAUAAAACCUGGAAUUCGAUGAAGCUUUUGAACUCUCUACCGAGAAAUGCUUUCCUUUCGGUCAGCACAAUGUCACCUAGCUGCCAGGCAGGCUGCAGAAAGGUUUACUUGCUCUGCUAGAGUAGUAGUGAGCUGUAGGAGUACUCGAAGUGACUUCAGGGCGGAAAAGAUGCUGGGUUGGCCAGGAGCUGUGCUCACCGUGUGUGGGUAGCGGCGGUGCCAGGCUCUGGCAGGUACGCAACGUGCUGCUGGAGGAUUUGCCAGAGCCCGGCCCUGCUGGAUGUGCCCGCAGCUGGCUUCUGGACCAGCUGAGGUGAGCCCUGGCCGCGUGGAGCCUUCUGCUGAGCCUCUUAAGAAUCAAAGCGCUGCUCCUCUGGGUGUGCUGCUCCCUUUUCAAAGACGGGAUUAAAGACAGAAGAAGUCUUGCAUCCACUGCAUGCUUGAAGCUGUUACUACAAGCAGCGUGAGUACCACCCUGGGCUGCAUGGAAAUCUCCGGCAGCCUCUGUCUGCUCUGUUACUGGUAUGACUGGAUUUGAGGCUGUGAAUACAUGCUGCUGCUUUUCUGGGCGCUGCCGCUCCUCCCUCUGAAGCAAGCCUUCCCCCUGCAGGGAAUGAGUGCUGGAGUAGGAAACUCUCACCCAGAAGACCUCCGGCUGUUCCUCGGUGGGUGAGCCCCGUUCCCCUCUCCCCAGCACGCUGCAGUCCCCUGUGCAGAGAGCUGAGGGCAGCCCGGUAAAAACAUCCUCCCGCACGUUUCCCUCCUGUGUGCGGGGGCUGAGCUGUUUGAUCCAGCCUGGAUUUGUUUGGAGCUGGUGGCAGAGCUGGUGCUGGGGCUGACCAAGCUGUAAAUGGUGUCCUGGAGGCCGCGAGGUGCUGGCGACCUGCUGGUCUCACAUGCCCCGAGAAACAUUAGAAAUAAAGGUGAAGAAAUGCUGUUACUUAUACAUGGUACAGGAGGCUAAGGUCAUUUGCAUGUUUUUAAUUAAAGUGCUUCAGAACAAAGGGUUGUGCAGACUGGGAGUGAGACUAGCGCAAACUGGAAAUGCUAUAAAUUAUCCUGUCCUCCUGUUUUUACCCCACCAGCAAACCCAAACCCAGUAGCCUCAUGGAUGCCGGGUGUGCUUGCAUCGUCGCCUGGAGUUUUGUGUUCCCUGGUGCUGCAGGCAGGUCCCCGCCUGGCUAGGAGCUGUGGUGAAAUCUGUAAGUCAGCACAGUCUUUGCGAAAGAGAGAGGGUUUGAAAUUUACAUUUUCUUUUCCAUUAAAGGAUAAGCACCUUAAAGGAUAAGAACCUUAAUUAAAGGGGAGAGUUGAACCUCUGGUUAGCUGUAAGACCGGUGACUUUAAAUACAGACACAAGCUAAAUCCCUCCCCCGUAAAAUGGAGAAAACUAAACCUACACACUUGAAAUAUGCCUAGCGCGUGGAAAACGAAAAUUAAAAUCUCUGAAGAAUGCUGUUACAGACCCUAGAAGUUAAAUAAAGCUGCAUCUCAGCUCAAAUAACCCAACCCCUGCUUUAUUUUGCUCGUUUUGCAGAGUGCAGAGUCCUCGGGCUGCGGAUUGCCUGUCCCGUUUCCUCUGGCAGGGUUUGGCUGGGAGCUCCCCGCUCCGUAGCGCUGGGGCUGCGAGCUCGUGUUUGUAUUUGGUGCUUUGUGUUCGUCUGAACACGGCUGUCCUUCGUGCCAGCCAAUUCGUGCUCUGCCUGAGCUGCGGCGCGAUGGCAGGCGUUGCUUUGUGGGGGAGAUAAGGCCCUGCCUGCGGUGGCAGCGCUGCCCGCCCCUUGGAAGGAUGCCCUCGCUCUGAAGUAACGUCUCUUUUCUCUCGUGCAGUGGCUGAGCAGACGCGCUCGGGUGGACUCUGGACUGCGGGCAGCACGGAGGUAACCUCUGCGUUGCUUUGCCCCUCGCUGUACCCGUGUCGCCCGAAUCCUCUCUGGGAUCCGUCGUGAAGUGUUCUCGGUCUUCACUGGUGGCCUGCGCUGUAAGCCCAAGAAGCAGGGUCCCUCGGAGAGCUAGUUACAAGUUUUUAAACAUAAACUGCAGUUCGCUGGCAGCUCAGGCGCUGCUGAGCGCUGACCAGGUUUCGUUUCCUUUUUGCUCAGGGUCUGGGAGCAGUUCAUGCAAAGUGCUGGCUAUUCUUACGCGCAGUUAAGGAAGAGGGAUCUGUCUCAAGUGUCACAAGCUGUCCUGAGUGCCUGCACUGUAUUCGGGGAGGGGUUGGGAGGUGGAAAUCCCAGCCCGAGCUGCUGCUGCUUCUCCCCUCUUACCACCAGGUCUGUAAGCAUUUGGGGGAGUCGGAGGCCGUCUGCUUCUGUAAGCAGAGCAGGGGGAGUACGGAGAAGCUGAGCGACCCCAAAGAUCAGCCAGCAGCCCCAGUGCGUCGCUGCAAGAGGAGCCACGGCCCAGGUGAUGUUCUCCUCUUCGAGUCCCUUUGUUCCCAGAUGAGUUUCCAGAUUACCUGGGUGCCUGGAGCAGAAACAGUUGCAUAAGGGCUGCAGUUCCUGAGGAGCAGUCGGUGCCUGGGCCCCGUGGGCUGAGCUGGCAGGUGGCGAAUUGGAGCUGUGGCUGCCACGGGCCUGGGGAGGAGGAGGAGGAAGGCAACCUCCCAUCGGUGCCUCUCCCAUAAAUCCUGCUCCUUUCAAAUGUUUUAACCAGGUAACGUACGCUGGGUUUGGGUGCUAGAGGGCAUGGCUGAUGCACUUUGCGUUUGUUGAAGUGGGUGAAGGGAGCAGCAGCGUUAGAGUUGCAAGUGCUCUGGGGUUUGAAAUGAAAACAACAAAAUGUCCGUGGGUCCUUUGCAGCAGGUGGUGGGUUCAGCCCAGACACUCGUAUUUCGGAGACCCCUCUGUCGUGGUUACCUUCCCUUUCUCAACCUGUGUCCGUGGUCCGAAUACUGACUGUCUUUUGCUUCCCGGACUGGCACAGGCACCCCAAGUCAGCGAGGCCAGCCUCACCCUGCAGCGUGGUUUGAAGCCCUGCCUGUCGGUAGGGCAUGAACAUCUGCGUGAGGCUCCGUGUCCUUCUCUCCUGCGCCCAACUGCUCUCUAGUUCCUACUUGCACAAACUUGUGGGUGGCUGCCUUAGAUGAGGUGUUGGUUUCAGAUUUAUUUAUGCCCAUUUGAGCCCUUGAUAUUUUUAAACUUGUAUAGCAGGCCUUCCACUCCUGCUCUGUCCCAAAUACACGUUAGUGCAUCUUGAGCCCUCUGGCUUGCAGCCAUACAGCCUUGAGCCUCCUAGCUCAUUUCGGCUGCUCUCCCCUCUUUGGUAUUUACAUGGGCCUCAGACCAGAAAGGGCUUUUGUGGGUUGGGAAAGUAAACUGGUGAGUAGAAACAGAUGGUGAUGUUAUCAGUUCCCUCAGUCAUGUCUGCACCUGGUCACAGUGGUGUUAAAGUGAUUUGCAAAGGAGAAAUGCAUCUGGAGAGGUGACUGAGGGGCAUGUUGAGCCCUGACCACUAUCCUGUGGGCAGGCUCAACUCCGGAGAAAUGGAUCUCCAUAUUUACCGUUUGUUUGCAGACCAGGCUGUUAUUUUUCUGCUUUUUCUUGUGUCCUGGUGCAUGCUGGGCUCUUUGGGUGUUUUGAGACCUUUCCCGGGAAGCCCAGUGGUGCUGAGGGGUCAGAGCUUCCUCCCCCAGGAGGCCAAGUCUCUGCAUGCCCCGAGCAGACCUGUGUGACGACAGGUUGGUGCCUUAAGGACUAUACAGAGAGCCCUUCUCUGCCUUUGGAGGAGCAGGGCUGCGAGCUCUGCUUAUCCACACCAAAUUUCCCUCUCUGGAAAUCAGCUCAUCCUCCCUGCAGAGGCAGUUGGCCAUCGACAGCCUCAGUCCUCCUCCAGGUGUGGCUGUCAUAGCCUCAGGGCUGCUCCUGCUGCUCCUCUGGGGUGGGUCAGGGCUGCGGCAGGGCCCUGCUGAUCUCCCAGAGCUCUUCUGGGGAUCCUCUUCUGCGGUUCCUCCUCCUGGAGCCUGCGGUGCGUGAUUACGUGCCCACCUCGUACAUGUCACCACAAACUGGGAGAGAGGAGGUCUUGCUGGGAGCGGAGCUGUUUGAUCAGGAGCUGGGCGUACUCUGAGAAGUCACUUGGGAGGGAUGAGCUGUGCUGUUGGACCUUUGGGGACUUUGUCGACCUUCUCUCCCAUCACAGGCUGAAAGCAUCCUACAGCUGGACCCAAACCUGCGACUCUCCCGUAAUCACUGGCCAGGCAGUGCUGAAGCAGUAAGACAAGCAGGCUUAAUUAAAUAACAAGAAACUUUAAGGGGCUGUGUGACUAAGAAAUGCCACCCACUGUGUUUACAAUAGGCUGAUUAAUUGGGUAAAUCACUUAAAUCACUUCCUAGAAACUGAGGUGACAGCCCCCCCCACCCCUCCCAGGCUUAAGGAGCUGUCUGGCCUCCUGAUGCCAGGGAGGAUCCCUCAAACUGCCCCUUUUGAAUCCCCCAAGGAAUUUGGCUCGUGCAAAUUGUAGUUCAGCAGUAAGUGCCUGCUGCCUGUGGCCCCCCGUCUGUCUGUCUGUCCUGUUCCCAGGGCAGGGGAAGUGGCAGGCGCUUGGUGGAAGUGCAUCACGGGGACACGCCACAGAAAAAGGGAAUCAGAGGCUGCUCUUACUCAUGGCUGUCUUUACCAGAAUGGCUGCCUGAAUUCCGGCUUGGAAAAUAAACCUGUCUUAAUGAA